UAAGCCUUAGCUGAUGUAGCAGCGGCUUUUUAGCACCAAGUGAGGGAGUUCUUAGUACCAGUGGCAGUAGGACGUGAGUGCGCAGCAUUUGGCUAGAAAUUAGAAGAAGUUUAGGAGUUCGUGACUUCUUUUCUAUGGAAGGACCCCCGUGCUAGGAAUAACAGUCGUUGUUGCUGACCAAAGACUUCACUUUUGCAUUUCAACAUGUUCAACACUGAUUCACCGUUUAGAUGAGAAAUGGUUGGCUACAGGGCUUAAUGGCAGAAGAUUCUAACUAAGAUUUGAAAACCCACAGAUGUAUGAAGGCAUGUGAAGAAUAAGAGAUGUUGACGAAUGUGAGAGCAACCAUGCCAAAAUUAAGCUGUGAAGAUGCUUUUGACUCGCAUACAUAUUUCUACAUGCUCCAUAUUUUGAGGUGCUGGUGAAUACCAAAAUUAUUUGUCGAUGACGGGAAAAACUGAUCACAAACUCAAAAAAAGUUUGUGGUCACAAUGCCAUCCUCUUCACGGAAAGGGGUGUUGAAAGACCCAGGAGCUGCUGAUCUGUUUUUUAAAGAUGAUCCAGAGACCCUCUUCUGUGAUCUACAUGAAAUAGGACAUGGGAGUUUUGGUGCAGUGUACUUUGCCACAAACUCCCAUACAAGUGAGAUGGUGGCUAUCAAGAAAAUGUCCUAUAGUGGGAAGCAGUCACAUGAGCAAUGGCAGGACAUCAUAAAAGAAGUGAAGUUUUUGCAGCAGUUAAAUCACCCCAAUACCAUACAGUACAAAGGAUGCUAUCUUAAGGAACACACUGCCUGGCUUAUCAUGGAAUAUUGCUUAGGAUCUGCCUCUGAUUUACUAGAGGUUCAUAAGAAGCCACUUCAGGAAGUGGAGAUUGCUGCCAUUACCCAUGGUGCCUUGCAGGGGCUGGCCUACCUGCAUUUUCAUAAUUUGAUUCAUAGGGAUAUUAAAGCUGGAAAUAUUCUACUGACAGAGCAUGGUUUGGUUAAACUGGCUGAUUUUGGGUCCGCGUCCAUAGCUUGUCCUGCCAAUUCUUUUGUGGGUACUCCUUACUGGAUGGCCCCAGAAGUAAUUUUGGCUAUGGAUGAAGGUCAAUAUGAUGGCAAGGUGGAUAUCUGGUCUCUGGGUAUCACCUGUAUUGAGCUGGCUGAGCGUAAACCACCAUUAUUUAAUAUGAAUGCAAUGAGUGCCUUAUAUCAUAUAGCUCAGAAUGAUUCCCCUACACUGCAGUCCAAUGAAUGGUCGGAUGAAUUUAGGAGUUUUGUUGAAUGCUGCUUGAUGAAGAUACCUCAGAACAGGCCACUAUCAAGUGAAUUGUUAAAGCAUGAUUUUAUUUGUCGAGAAAGACCUGCUAGAGUCUUAAUAGAUCUUAUUCAGAGAACAAAGGAUGUGGUACGUGAACUUGACAACCUCCAGUAUCGAAAGAUGAAAAAAAUCCUUUUCCAGGAAACCAAAAAUGGACCUUUGACAGAGUCUCAAGAAGAGGAGGAGGACAUUGAGCAUGGAUCAGGCUUGAGUACUAAGAUGAACAGCCUUGGCAGUAACCAUUCCAUUCCCAGUAUGUCUGUCAGCAUGGGCAGUCAGAGCAGCAGUGUGAACAGCAUACCGGAGGUCUUGGAUGAUAGCAGCUCUGAUAUAGCCAUGAUGCAUGAUGAUGAGAGCUCAGUGAAUUCCAGCUUCUCUGUAGUUAACAAAAAGGAUCAUGAAUUCAUAAGGGAUGAGGCGGGCCACAGGGAUCCCAGGCCUGAGCUGCGGCCUAACUCGUCAGUCCAGAGUCAGGCCUACUACUACCGGAACCGAGAACGCUUUGCCACAAUCAAAUCAGCAUCAUUGGUUACAAAGCAGAUCCAUGAGCAUGAACAGGAGAACGAGUUGCGGGAACAGAUGUCAGGUUAUAAGCGGAUGCGGCGCCAGCACCAAAAGCAGCUGAUCGCUCAGGAGAACAAACUGAAGGCUGAGAUGGACGAGCACCGCCUCAAGCUACAAAAGGAGGUGGAGACCCAUGCCAACAAUGCGUCCAUCGAAAUGGAGAAACUGGCCAAGAAGCAUGUUAUAAGCAUGGAUAAGGAGGUGAAGAUAGCUGCAGUCGAGGAGAGGAAGUUACAGCAGCAGAUCCAGACUCAGCAGAAGAAGGAACUGGCUGUUUUCUUGGAGAACCAGAAAAAACAGUACAAACUGUGUAAGGAGAAGAUUAAAGAGGAACUGAAUGAAGAUCACAGCACACCCAAAAAGGAGAAACAAGAACGGAUAUCGAAACAUAAAGAAAACCUCCAGCACACACAGGCAGAAGAGGAGGCUCAACUUCUUAGUGAUCAGAGAACGUACUAUGAGAAGAACUGUCGCCUCUUUAAAAGAAAGUUCAUGCAAAAAAGGCAUGAGAUUGAGCAGCAGCAUAUCCGUGAGGAGCUGAAUAAAAAGAAGGCACAAAAGGAGAUGGAGCAUGCCAUGCUGAUCAGGCAUGAUGAGUCGACGCGGGAGCUUGAAUAUAGACAGCUGCAAGCACUACAAAAGUUACGUAUGGAGCUGAUACGCCUGCAGCACCAGACAGAGUUGGAGAACCAGUUAGAGUAUAACAAGCGCAGAGAAAGAGAACUUCAUAGGAAGCAUGUGAUGGAAUUGAGGCAGCAACCCAAAAAUCUAAAGGUUAUAGAGUUGCAGAUUAAGAAGCAAUUUCAGGACACAUGCAAAGUUCAAACUAAACAGUACAAGGCACUGAGAAAUCACCAGUUGGAAGUUACUCCAAAGAGUGAACACAAAACGGUACUAAAGUCACUAAAAGAUGAACAGACGAGGAAGCUAGCCAUUUUGGCAGAACAAUAUGAACAGAGCAUUAAUGAGAUGAUGGCCUCACAGGCACUUCGGCUUGAUGAGGCUCAAGAAGCAGAGUGCCAAGCACUAAGGCAUCAGCUACAGCAGGAGAUGGAACUGCUGAACGCCUAUCAAAGCAAAAUUAAAAUGCAGACAGAAGCACAGCACGAGCGGGAGCUCCAGAAACUAGAACAGAGGGUGUCUGUACGCAGAGCACAUCUAGAACAAAAGAUUGAAGAUGAGCUGGAAGCACUUGAAAAGGAGAGCAAAGAAAGGAUAAAGAACUUAUUUGACAGACAAGAGCGGGAGAUUGAAGCCUUUGACUUGGAGAGCCUCAGACUGGGCUUUGGAAACUUGGUGUCACUAGACUGUUCCAAGGAUGACUGUAGAUGAAACCAACUUUGCCAUUAAAAAAACUCUUGACCACAUUCCCAUUUUCUUGGGCUCGUUUGGUCGUGUGCUCUCUCCCCUCCCUGUCCCUCUCUACCUUAUACCACCACCACCUCCAGACUAGUGCCUGUACAGUCUUUCUGUUAUAUCUAUUUCUACAAUUUAUCAGGGCCCCUGAUGUUACAAGUAAAUGCUGGACAAGUCCUGGUCAUCUUUAAACGUGUUUCAGUAUUGAUGUCAAUGUGCAAUGAUAACUUUCAGUGAAACUGAAACAAGUGGAUGUACGUUGCUUUAAAUGAUCAUACACUGCAACUGAUUUGUAAGGUCAUGCAAGGAGGAAAAAGACUAUCUGCAGCCUUAUCUUAAUUCGCUGCUUCUCUUUUGUUAUUUUUUGGUAUUUAUUCAUCAAGAAGAUUUUAAGAUUGAGAAAUUUGAUACAUUUGCAGACUAAUCGUGAUGUAUAUAUAUCAGUGGUUGCACAUAAUAUACUUCUGGGGGAAUCAAAUGUGAUAUUUUUUUUAAACAAUGCUGGCAAGGGUGAACUCAAGACCAGCAUUUAAUUGUAUCAUAAUCAUUUUCUGCUGUUGCAGAGGAUGUGAAUACAAUACAUGUGUUCCAGGUAGCACAAUAAGGGCCUCGGAAAAAUCAUGUAUUUUUGUGUACAGAAGGAAUUUAAGGAGAGCUUUUACUUAUUUUCAUAUUGUAUUUUAACAAUUUUCUCGAAUCAGAAUUUUUUAACUGAUUUUUUUCUUUUGUUCCAGUAUUUGGAGUUAAAAAUCUGUCAAUGGGAUCUACUUCUAUUUUUUUCCCAUCUAGGUCAUUGAAAAUAUUGCUUUAUCCACAUUUUCAAGCUGUGUAUUUUCUUACAAUAAAACAAAAUCAGUAAAAAUGC